CACGCUCUACUGUUCAGUCAUACAGAGUGUGGGAGUGACGUAGUAUUGCAGAUCGAAAUAGAUCCGUUCGGUAUGAGUUUGAAUAUAUUUUAUAUAUUUUUUUGUAAUAACUAUUAUAAUCAAAAAGAAAACGGAAUAAAGUUAGUUCGAUUUCAAAUAAGCAUAAAUUGUAUAUACAAGAAAAAGUAGUAGGUUUCCAAGAUUCUAGAACUAACACUGCGAUGCUAACGGUAGUAUUGCGCCACCAUAGAGAUGUAAUCUCAUUUAGUUUUUCUCCAUCAGUUAACUAGAACAGUACUUCGAGGAAAUCAUUCCCCGAAAUGCAAGUGCAGGUCAAACAACUAUUUUCAGUAGUGUUAUUAGCGGUUGUUUUGCACCGUACCGUGGCCAAAUCAUGCGAAACCGAAGACUACGAGGACGGAGUUUGCGUUCCCUUGUCAAAGUGUGCAAAAUUCAAGGAAGAACGUGAAAAGGCAGCUUUAACUACCGGCCAGCGAAAUGAAAUGAAUCGUGAGCUAGAGAAAUGUACGGACGCGGAGGAAGAAGGAAUGGUCUGCUGCAAACGGAAGCCACGUUCCAUAAUUCCACGUUCGUUCGAGGAUUCCAAACCUAUCACAAACGAACAGCAUACCGUUCUACCGGAUCAAAGUCAGUGUGGAUUGGAUAGUGCCGAUAGAAUCUAUCACGGUAACCUUACCAGCCUUGACCAGUAUCCUUGGUUAGUUUUGAUUAAAUACAUUGAUAACGAUGAGAGAGAAUCGUUCAAAUGCGGUGGAUCACUAAUCAGCAAACGCUACGUUCUCACGGCUGCUCACUGCAUUAACGAUGCAAUAGCCGGUGUCCGCCUUGGUGAGUGGGAUUUGGAAACAGAUCCGGACUGUGUGACCCAGCAGUCUGUCCGUCGAUGUGCGGAUCCCGUGAUCGAUGUCGGCAUUGAGAAGAUUGCCACUCACAAAAACUACACUCGUCGGGUGUCCAAAGGUGGUAAAAUUGAUAUGGCGUUACUGCGUCUGGAUCAAGACGUUCCCUUCGGACGUUUCGUGGCACCGAUUUGCCUUCCGAAGGCAGACUCCGAAGCACAACUCGCCGAGAAUCAGACAAUGUAUGUGGCAGGCUGGGGUAUGACUGAAAAUGACGUGAAGAGCACAAAAAAGCUGUUCGUUGACGUGAGUAAUGUGGAACUGAACGAAUGUCGAAAGCGAAUCAAUGCACCGUUGAUUAAAAUUGAUGAAACGAUGAUUUGUGCGUUGGGGGCGGAUGGUAAGGAUGCCUGCCAGGGUGAUUCGGGAGGUCCUCUGAUGGAGAUUAGGCUAGUGAAUGGCCGAUCAAAGCGUUUUUUCCUAAUGGGUGUGGUUAGUAAAGGAUUGACGUGCGGAUCAUCGAAACCUGGAUUCUACACGAACGUGUAUCAACAGAUUAAUUGGAUUGUAUCGAAUAUGGAGGCCUAGGUUCGGAGUUUUCGGAUAUGAUAAAAAUAUAAAAACUGCAGAAUUGAAUUGUUUUGAAAUUUUUGUGGUAUUGAAAAAUUAAAUAUGAUCUAAAGAAUUGAAACUCGUGCGAAUCCCAGCCUUCACUUAUCGAUCAACUGGAACACGCUGCAUUCGUAAAAAGACUGUAUACUGUCUGGAGUCCAUUCAUGUUUAAGUAGACAGGUCAAAUUUCAUCGUAAUACUUCGAUUUAUUCUGUAUGAACAUCCUCCACAGAGAGAAAAAAAAAAGAAUUUUACAGAUGACCUACUCCCUCAUAUGAUGUAAUUUGCAUUCGGAUAGCAAGUGCGACUGUUUUAAUUUAAGUGCAUAAUUGAACGCCUAUUUGUCAUAAUUGAACGCCUAUAACUCAGUCAUUUAUUGAUGGAUUCAUAUAAUUUAACUACCAAUCGAUUCGGAAACAUUUAACUUAAGCAUGUAUGACAUUGGCAUCGUUUCAGUAACUCAAUAGCAUACCAUUGAAAAAUUGAUUAGACCUGUGUUUUCACGAGCCAAUAAAAACAGGUCAUAAUGAUGUCAUCCUCUA